AUGGCGAUCCCCGCUGUGUUUCAGGCCCCAGACGGAAGCCCGGCCCUGCGGGGAGCGCACGCGCAUGAGGACGGCGCGGGUGCCGGGAUGUCCGAGGCCUCGUCGCGCGGCUCCCGCCACUCCCUGCCCGCCGCGCCGGACGAGAGCGAGGGCGCCGGCGGCUCCGCGGGACUCUCCGCCUUCCUCAGCCGCGCGGAGAUGAGCGCGAGCCUCGCCCUGGCGCGGAGGGCGAUCGCCGGCCCGGACACCGGGGACGCGGACGAGCCCGCGCGGGUUUCCAGCCUCGCUCCCGGCGGCCGCAGCCCCGCGGCGGGGAGGCGAGCGCAGAGCCUGUCCCCGCGCGCCCGCAGCAGGAGGCCCGCGGCCGCCGCGCCGCUCGCCAGCCCCAGCCUGGUGCGCAGCCUCCGACGGGCCGGCCGGCGCGGGCCGCAGAGCGCCGACGCCGCGGGGCCCUCGACGGCGCGGGGCGGGCCGGGCCCGCGGGGCCCCCUGGGCGACCAGGCGGCCAGGCUGGUGGAGGAGCUGACGUCGGUGUUCAGAGAGGCCGCGAGGCCGAGGCACCGGGCCUCCAACGGCGAGUCCUCGUCCCCAGACAGCGGGUACCUGUCCCCCAACAGCCGGCCGGCCCCGCGCAGCGCCAGGGCCCCCGCGGCGCCCCGCUUCGUGCAGAAGCUGCGGAGCCAGGAGGUGGCGGAAGGCAGCCGGGUGCGGCUGGAGUGCAGGGUCUGCGGGAACCCCGCCCCGCGGGUCAGAUGGUUCUGUGAGGGGAAGGAGCUGCACGACUCUCCCGACAUUCAGAUCCGCGGCGACGGUGGGGACCUGCACACCCUGGUCAUCGCGGAGGCCUUCGAGGACGACACAGGUCGCUACACCUGUCUGGCCACGAACCCCAGCGGCUCGGACACCACCUCUGCCGAGGUGUUCGUUGAAGGUGCCAGUUCAACAGAUUCUGACAGUGAAAGUUUAGCUUUCAAGUUAAAAGGUGGAGCUAUGCCACAAGCUCAAAAGAAAACCACUUCCGUGUCCUUGACAAUAGGAGCAUCAUCUCCAAAGACAGGAGUGACCACAGCUGUGAUUCAGCCGCUGUCUGUCCCUGUUCAGCAGGUUCAGAGUCCGACGUCGCAUCUCUGCCAACCGGAUGGAACCGCUGCCGCCCCGUUUCCUCCUGUUUUCACAAAGGAGCUGCAGAACACCACGGCGGCCGAGGGCCGGGUCGUGGUCCUGGAGUGCCGGGUGCGGGGCGCGCCCGCGCCGCAGGUGCGGUGGUUCCGGCAAGGGAGUGAGAUCCAGGACUCUCCAGACUUCAGAAUUCUACAGAAAAAACCCAGAUCUACAGCUGAACCUGACGUUGUAUAA